AUGUUUAACUUUGCAAGGAAGAAGUCGUCCGAGUCCGAGGCGGCAGCUCGCGAGACCGUCGCCGCCGCCGACGCACCGUCUAAGCCGUUCCGCGAGGCCAUCGUCCCUGUCAUCGCGUGCGGCGCCGGUCUGUUCUCUGACGGGUACAUCAACAACGUCAUCGGGUCCGUCACCACGGUCCUCGCGCUCCAGUACGGCGACCUCUACAAGACGUCCAACGCGAAAAAGUAUGUCGGCGACAUCGCCUUCGCCGGCACCGUCGUCGGCCAGCUGGCCUUUGGCUGGCUCGCCGACCACUGGUCGCGCACCAACUCGUUGCUCGUCUCCACCGUCAUCCUGGUCGUCUUCACCGCCCUCGCCGCCGGCUCCUACUACAAGAGCGAGCCCGUCGGCAUGUUCAACAUGCUGGCCGCCUGGCGCUUCUUCGUCGGCAUCGGCAUUGGAGGCGAGUACCCGGCCGGUAGCGUCGGCGCCGCCGAGUCCACGGGCGAGCUCAAGUCGGGCUCGAGGAACCUUUGGUUCAUCAUGUUCACCAACACAAUGAUUGACUGGGGUUUCGUCAUCGGCGCAUUCGUACCGUACGUGGUCGCCGCCGCCUGCCAAAACGGGCACUACAGCACCAUCUGGCGCACCAGCCUGGGCAUCGGCGUCGUCUUCCCCAUUUUCCUCUUCGUCCUCCGCCUCUUCGUGAAGGAGCCCGCCGAGUUCACCAAGAACUCGAUGCGCUACGCCAAGACGCCGUACCUGCUGUCCCUCAAGUUCUACGGCUGGCGUCUCUUCGUCGUCAGCUUGAUCUGGUUUAUCUACGACUUCUCGGCCUACUCUUUCGGCAUCUACUCUUCCACGAUCCUGAGCAACCUGUACGGGGACACGGCCCCGCUCACGACCGUCUUCGGCUGGAACACCGUCAUCAACCUGUUCUACAUCCCCGGCACCAUGCUCGGCGCGCCCGCCUCCGACUGGCUUGGCCCGCGCUACGCCCUCGCCCUCGGCGUCUUCCUGCAGGCCGUGGUCGGCUUCAUCAUGGCCGGCGACUACUUCAACCUGUCGCAGCCCGGCAUGGUCGGUGGCUUCGUCGUCGUCUACGGCGUCUUCCUGGCCCUGGGCGAGUUCGGGCCCGGAAACAACAUCGGCUUGUUGGCCGCCAAGACCUGCGCGACGGGUAUCCGUGGAAAAUAUUACGGUGUCGCGGCGGCUAUCGGAAAGAUUGGCGCUUUCGUGGGCACUUGGGUGUUCCCCUACAUCCAGGCAGCCGCGGGCGACAACGCCGUCGCCUCGGCCCAGUACCCGUUCUGGGUCUCGUCUUCCCUGUGCGUCCUGUCCGCCGCCCUGGCCGUGUUCUGCCUGCCGCACAUCGGACAGGACACCAUCGCCCUCGAGGACGCCCGCUACCGCGCCUACCUGGAGGCGAACGGCUACGACACACGCCAGCUGGGUCUCAAGAGGGGCGAGACCGUGGAGAGCACCGAGUCCGUGUCUCCCGUAGAGGGCAUCAGCGAGGCCACAAAGGAGGGUAAGACGAUGGACUAG